AGAUCUCAUCAUUGAAUUCAAAACUCAAAGCUAGAGAUAGAGAUAGAGAGGGAGAGAAUCGAUUCGGAGAAGAAGAAGAAGAAGACGAGACGGAGCUGAAACAAUGAUUACGAUCCCAUACCUUACCGCUGUAUCAACGUAUUUCAGCUACGGUUUGCUCUUCGCCUUUGGCCAGCUUCGCGAUUACUCCCGCCUUAUCUUCGAUUGGUGGCGCACCAACAAUCUCCAGGGAUACGCGCCGAUCUGCUUGGCGCAUGAGGAUUUCUACAUCAGACGAUUGUAUCAUCGGAUUCAGGACUGUUUUGGACGUCCCAUAUCAAGUGCACCUGAUGCCUGGAUUGAUGUGGUUGAGAGAGUUUCUGACGAUAAUAACAAGACGCUAAAGCGAACUACAAAGACUAGUAGGUGUCUUAAUCUGGGGUCCUACAAUUAUCUUGGAUUUGGUUCUUUUGAUGAAUAUUGUACGCCUCGUGUUAUUGAGUCUUUGAAGAAAUUUUCAGCUAGUACAUGUAGCUCUCGCGUUGAUGCAGGAACUACAUCUGUGCAUGCAGAACUUGAGGAAUGUGUUGCUAAAUAUGUCGGACAACCUGCUGCUGUUGUCUUUGGCAUGGGCUACGCAACAAACUCGGCUAUUAUUCCCGUCUUGAUUGGAAAGGGAGGGUUGAUAAUAAGCGAUUCUUUGAACCAUACUUCAAUUGUCAACGGCGCUCGAGGUUCAGGAGCUACUAUCCGUGUUUUCCAACACAACACACCUGCUCAUCUGGAAAAAGUAUUGAAAGAACAAAUCGCUGAGGGACAACCCAGGACGCAUAGACCGUGGAAGAAAAUUAUUGUUGUUGUUGAGGGUAUUUACAGCAUGGAAGGGGAAAUUUGUCAUCUGCCCGAGAUUGUCUCAAUAUGCAAGAAGUAUAAGGCAUAUGUUUACUUGGACGAAGCUCACAGCAUUGGAGCAAUUGGCAAGACAGGAAGGGGUGUUUGUGAACUCCUGGGGGUUGACACUGCUGAUGUGGACAUAAUGAUGGGAACUUUCACGAAAUCUUUUGGGUCUUGUGGUGGCUAUAUUGCCGGAUCAAAGGACCUCAUCCAAUAUUUGAAGCACCAAUGCCCGGCUCACCUUUACGCAACAUCAAUUUCAACUCCUUCCGCGACACAAAUCAUAUCGGCGAUAAAGGUUAUCCUUGGAGAGGACGGUUCAAACAGAGGGGCACAAAAGUUAGCAAGAAUAAGGGAGAACAGCAACUUUUUCAGGGCUGAGUUGCAGAAGAUGGGGUUUGAGGUUCUUGGAGACAAUGAUUCCCCAGUCAUGCCGAUAAUGCUUUACAAUCCAGCAAAAAUUCCAGCCUUCUCAAGGGAAUGUUUGCGAGAAAAAUUGGCAGUUGUGGUCGUCGGUUUCCCAGCUACACCGCUAUUGCUAGCCAGGGCUCGUAUUUGCAUAUCCGCAUCUCACUCAAGAGAAGAUCUUAUUAAAGCCCUACAGGUUAUAAGCAAAGCAGGUGACCUUACCGGGAUCAAAUAUUUUCCGGCUGCUCCAAAGAAGCAAGAACCUGCUGCUGUUGUUUUUGGCAUGGGCUACCUAACAAACUCGGCUAUCAUUCCUGUCUUGAUUGGCAAGGGAGGGUUGAUCAUAAGCGAUUCUUUGAACCAUACUUCAAUUAUCAAUGGCGCUCGAGGUUCAGGAGCCACUAUUCCCGUUUUCAAACACAACACACCUUCUCAUUUGAAAAGAGUAUUGAAAGAACAAAUCGCUGAGGGACAACCAAGGACACACAGACCGUGGAAGAAAAUCAUCGUUGUUGUUGAAGGUAUUUACAGCAUGGAAGGGGAAAUCUGUCAUCUGCCGGAGAUUGUCUCAAUAUUCAAGAAGCAUAUGUUUACUUGGAUGAAGCUCACAGCAUUGGAGCAAUUGGCAAAACAGGAAGAGGACCUCAUCCAAUACUUGAAGUACCAUUGCCCUGCUCACCUUUACGCAACAUCAAUUUCAACUCCUGCUGCACAACAAGUCAUAUCGGUUAUAAAAGUUAUCCUUGGAGAGGAUGCUUCAAACAGAGGGGCACAAAAGUUGGUAAGAAUAAGAGAGAACAGCAACUUUUUCAGGGCUGAGCUGCAGAAGAUGGGGUUUGACGUUCUUGGAGACAAUGAUUCCCCAGUCAUGCCAAUAAUGCUUUACAAUCCAGCAAAAAUCGCAGCCUUCUCAAGGGCAUGUUUGCAAGAAAACGUAAUCGUGGUAGUCAAUUUCCCAGCUAUACCUCUAUUGCUAGCUAGGGCUCGUAUUUGCAUAUCCGCAUCUCACUCGAGAGAAGAUCUUAUUAAAGCCCUGCAGGUAAUCUUGCGUCGAGUUCACUCACUUUCUCAGCAUAGUAAACAUGAUUUGAAUCUACCCAAAAGGCUAAAAGCCUAAGAAUGGGACUGUGCUUAUAGUUCAUCCACAAAUGGAUCUACACGUUUCUUAAUCAUCUCUGUGUUAUGACAGGUUAUAAGCAGAGCAGGUGACCUUACCGGGAUCAAAUAUUUUACGGGUAGCUCCAAAGAAGCAAGAAGAAGAGAAAAAUGGCAAUACUUCAAAGUUCAAACUAAGAAUAUAGAAUUUUUUUUCUU